UUCUGUUAAAGUAUGAAGGUAGUGACCUGUUUUAUUUUUGAUUUAAAAUGACUGAAAGUACAUUGGUGUGACGCGCCUAGUGCUGUGUCUAUGUGCUGUGCACGCGCUGUAGUUUGGCGCGCUCUUGUGGCGUCAGUCUGCAACGGGAAGCUGCGUCAGGCUGAAUUUGUGUAGUUACUACAUCCGGGAGAUCUGGCGUCCCUGGAUACAGAGUGUAAACAAACGGAGAACCGCGAGAAGUUCGCAGUGUGAGAGACUGAUUUACUUUAAUAUAAUAUGAGUGUGUUUGCUGCUUAAUUGAAGCUGAACGAAUAAAUCGACAUGUUCUGAUUAGUUUGAUCAUAUUUAACUUGAAUACCGCUGCACUGUCACGUGAUUAAUACUUCUGUUGCUGUAAAUGUUGUGUUGUAGGCUGAUAUGGAGAUUUCUGAGGAUCGUCUGGAGUUCAUCAGCUCGACUCUCACAGAACAGACGGAUCCAGAUGAUUGGCAUGAGAAGAAGAACACAGAGAAGCUGCUCACUGAUCAAGGUUUGACAUUCAUCAGGAAUCAUGAAGUGUUGACUGUCAAUCACACGAUAAGUAAAAUGUCUGUGGACUGUAUGGACAUAACAAAGGGUCGUCUGGAUGAUAUUUCUCGGCCGGCCUCCGGUUCUGAGAUCAGAAGAAGGAGUGGAGAGCGUCCCGGAUCUCUGGAGCUGCUCAGCCCGGACCUCACGCACACACAGGUUCAGGGCAGCACACAUGAUCUUACAGCAGAAAACAGCUCUGAUCAAGAAGACUCUGAUGAAGAAAAUGAAGAUCCAGAGUUGGGAAAAGCCAUAAGGAAGAUGAAGAGACUGGACCGGAUUCUGGCUCUCAAGGCGACGGCGGAGAGAGAGGUGAAACAGAAAGGCAUGAAGCAGCACCAGAGACUCUGGCAGGAGCUUCAGACUGUGAGUCUCAGGAUGAGCAGCAAUGAGAUGGAAAACACCAGACGCUUCCUGGCACUGACACCCGACAACUCUCAGGACUGUGAAGAAGUGGAUUUCAUCUCUGUGUUUGAGACUGAAGUUCUAGAUCUGAAGUACGACACGAACAUGAGACAGGAGAUGGACGAGCACACGCAGGUUGAGUGUGUCGCUCAUGCUGAAGUGGGUCAGCAGGUGAUGGAGGAUCAGACUGCAGACGGCAGACGGUGCGGAGCUGCUCGCAGCAAGCGCAGACAAGACUUCGUCAAGAAAAAUAUUGAGCUUGUAGGAGCGUCAGGGAACCCGGUUCUGCUCACACAGCAGGAGAGAGAGAGAAUAGAGGAACUACUGAAAGAUCUAGAGGAAGAACAGAGCGAUAGUGACCUACUGGCUGAACCUCAGGCGGUCUCGUCGUCUCUAUCAGCCGGUGAAGGUUUCAGUCCUGAACCUUCUGAACUCCACAGUCUCCUUCACAUCGACUCCAGACUGCAACUGCUACUUCCUGUGCAGGACUUCCUGUCUGUGCGGAGCCGCUGUUCUGAACACUGUCCAUCUCAGGGGAGUCUGGAGGAGAACACCGGAGACCGAGUCCUGUGGGACAUGAGACAGAGACGAGAAGAAGAGAGACGCCUGCGAGAAAUCCAGCAGGAGCUGCAGCUUCUGGAGGAGACUCAGCAGAACAGUUCGUUUCGUUUGUCUGACGAUCAGCUGAGGAAUCUGCUGCUGGAUUGUGAAGAUGAAAUCAUGCGAUCUCCUGCAGGUUCUUCAUCAGAAACAUCUCUCGGGAUGAUCUCGGCUCUGGUCGCGUCUCCGUGUCUCUCCAGCUCGGAUCUGACGGAGGGAACUGAACAUUGGAAUAAGGCAUGAAAUAUGAAGAAGAAUGUUCUUCUGUUUUAUGUUUUGCACUGCUUCAUAAUCAUGCUUAUAUAGUUGCACAAUAAGGACAUGAAAGUGUGUUUGUCAUUGUGUCUCUGAUCUGUUUGCCAGCGUCAGAAUCACAAUCAGACGAAGAACAGCUAAACUAGAACGUAAGAGAACAAAAUAAAAUGUUCCUUUUCAAAAAUCAAA